AUGACUGGAGCUGCUGUUUCCGUGUGUCUGCUCUUUCUCCUGUCCAUGUGUUCAGCCUGCUACAUCUCCAACUGCCCUAUUGGGGGGAAAAGAUCCAUCAUGGACGCCCCAUUGCGUAAGUGCAUGUCAUGUGGCCCCGGGGACAGGGGCCGCUGCUUUGGCUCUAGUAUCUGCUGUGGGGAGGGACUGGGCUGCUUACUGGGCUCUCCGGAGAGCUCCCACUGUGCAGAGGAGAACUACCUGCUCACCCCCUGCCAGGCAGGAGGGAGACCUUGUGGAUCUGAGGGAGGACGCUGUGCUGCCUCAGGGCUCUGCUGCAAUGCAGAGGGCUGCACCACAGACCAGUCCUGUGUGGCUGAGGAGGAAGGUGAUGAACAAACCAGUCAAUAUGAAAGCAACGACUCUGGCGACAUCAUCCUCAGACUCCUGCAUCUUGCGGGCCACACUUCUCCUCAUCGAAUUCACCAGUGA